AUGGACUCGACGCGCAGACUUGGGAAAUACAGAGUGGAGCGAGAAGUGCUUGAUGAGCAGAGACUGGAAGAGGUAACGCAGAGAAAAACGCACUCUGACACUCAACCUUCUCUAACUGAACGCCUUAAAGACUCCUUCAGAUGUACAGCCCCCAAACUAAAACGAAGUGUGGUGAGCAGCUUGCCUGUGUUGUACUGGCUGCCCAAGUACUCAAUCUGGGACUAUGGCAUGCCAGACCUCAUCUCUGGCAUCAGUGUGGGCAUAAUGCACCUGCCACAAGGUUUGGCAUAUGCAUUGCUGGCUUCUGUACCGCCUGUAUUUGGGCUCUACACGUCACUCUAUCCAGCAUUGAUCUAUUUCUUUUUUGGAACAUCACGUCAUAUCUCCAUUGGUACAUUUACUGUGCUCAGCAUCAUGGUGGGUAGUGUGACAGAGAGACUCGCUCCAGACACAGCUUUCCUCAUAACAAAUGGAACCAACGUCACUGCAGAGGUAAACAUAACUGCCCGGGACUCUUACAGGGUGCAGGUGGCGGCUGCUACUACUGUCCUAGGAGGACUUAUUCAGGUGGUACUGGGUUUGGUAAAGUUUGGAUUUGUGGGGACAUACUUGUCUGAACCUCUGGUGCGAGCUUACACAACAGCAGCUGCAGCCCAUGCCGUGGUGGCACAACUCAAGCACAUCUUUGGAGUUUCACCGACACGGUUUAGUGGUCCCUUGUUACUGGUGUAUACUCUGAAGGAUGUUUGCAUGUUGCUGCCACACACUCAUCUUCCCACACUGUUGGUCAGUGCUGUGUCCAUGGUGUUUCUAAUUGCAGCCAAGGAGCUCAACUCUUUCCUCAGUCCGAAGCUGCCAGUGCCCAUCCCAGUGGAGCUCAUCACAAUUGUGGCAGGGACAUUGAUAUCAACCUAUACCCACUUGAACAGCAACUACACUAUUUCAGUUGUUGGAGAAAUUCCAAAUGGUCUAAGUUAUCCCAGUGUACCAGAUGCAAGUCUUUUUGGAGAAGUUAUUGGGGAUGCUUUUGCAUUGGCCAUGGUUGGAUACGCCAUAUCUUUUUCACUUGGCAAAACAUUUGCAUUGAAACAUGGAUACAAUGUGGACAGUAACCAGGAGCUGGUGGCGCUGGGUCUCAGUAAUGCAGUGGGAGGCUUCUUCCAGUGCUUCUCUGUCUGCUCCUCCAUGUCUCGAAGUCUCAUCCAAGAGACCACCGGAGGAAAAACACAAAUGGCUGCAGUGGCCUCAGCUCUCAUAGUGUUGGUGACUAUUCUGAAACUUGGACCUCUGUUCCAGGAGCUGCCAAAGGCUGUCCUUGCAGCAAUUGUCUUUGUAAAUCUUAAGGGGAUGUUCAAGCAGCACUCUGACAUUGUAACACUGUGGAAACGCAGCAAGAUUGACCUGGUGGUGUGGUUGGUCACUUGGGUGUCAACCAUGUUGCUCAAUCUGGAUCUGGGUCUGGCAGCAUCAAUCAUUUUUGCUCUGAUGACUGUUAUUUUCAGAACUCAGCUGCCAACAUACUCCAUUCUGGGAAAUGUGCCAGGUACAGAACUGUAUGUGGAUAUAGAGACCCACAGAAAGGCGAGAGAGAUUCCAGGUGUUACGAUAUUUCGCUCCUCUGCUACGGUAUAUUUUGCCAAUGCUGAUCUCUACCUUGAGGCUCUAAAAGAAAAGAGUGGGCUUGACAUUAGUAAAAUGAUUAUCUAUAAGAGGAGGCAGGAGGCCAAACAGAAGCGCAGAGAAAGGAGGGCGGAGAGGCGAGCAAAAAGACACGCCAAGAAAGAGAGAGCCGCUAAACAGCUGUCUGGAGCGCCGGUCUUCUCUGUGGAGGAAGAGGCCGGCCGCUGGAGGGACACAUGCAUGGACGGGAUUGCUACAGAUGAGGAGGAGCAGGACUGGACUGAGAGGGAGAACGGGACUGUGUUUGUCGUCCCUAUCACUCCUCGAACACCAGACGGCCCCUGCAGAUGGGAGUACCUGAAGGGAGGAGAACCAGACUGCUCCAGCUUAGGGUGGAUGUCUGAGCUGCAGGACGGGGACACCACCACUCUGGGCUCCAGCAGUGAGGACACGCUGAGUCACGAUCUGGAGCGGGUCUCCCUUGGGUCACUGGGCAAGUGGACCUGGGACAUUCACUCCAUCAUUAUCGACCUCUCCACGGCUAACUUCAUUGACAUAGUGGCUAUCAAGACUAUGAAAAAUAUUUUCCAGGACUUCAGUGAGAUUGACGUAGAUAUCUACAUGGCUGGUUGUCAACCCUCUGUGGUGGAACAAUUAGAGCUUGGUGACUUCUUCUCCGAGUCGGUUACUAAGAGGCAUCUUUUUGCCUCCGUUCAUGACGCUGUGCUCUACUGUCUGGACCACCGUGGAGCAGCGUCGUUCCCCAGAUACGAGCCAUCGGUGGACAUAUACAGCAGCACACAGCUUUAA